AUGGACCACAGCGACCACGCAGGACACGGAGGAGAUGCAGGAGCGGGGGCGGGUCAUGCUAUGAUGAUACCCUACUUCCACUUUACGACUGGCGACCAUCUCUUUUUCAAAGAAUGGGUCCCGUCUUCACCUGGCGCUAUCGCUGGAGCAUGCAUAGGCCUCUUUUUGUUGGCCAUUAUCGAGCGAUGGUUGACUGCUAUUCGAGCCGUAUUCGAACACCACUGGCAACAACGAGCACUCCUCCUCUCUUCAAGAUAUUCAGAAGGCACCUCUUCUCUAUCAUCAUCAUCCAGAACAGACGGCAAAUCGUUAGACGAGAGCGGUAGCGUGAAGAUGCGAGAAGAAGGCGGCCCAACUACACAAAUACCACCAGUACUCCCCCGCCUCCGACUACGCACCAUCCCACCAUUCGUUGCCAGCCACGAUAUUCCAAGAGGCAUACUACAUGCUUUCCAAGCUGCACUAGGCUACUUGCUCAUGUUGGCUGUCAUGACUUUCAGAGUGGAGUUCAUCCUAUGUAUAGUUGCAGGGUUGGGCAUUGGAGAGGCUUUCUUUGGACGGCUUAGCAAUGGUUCUGUACAUUGA